UCAUCUUUCGGAUUCAUCCAUCACCCUUUGCUUCUUUCAUCUUAUCACCUCCCUCCCCACUUUGAUUUCUCCCCAAGCCCCAAGGCAGACCUACCUCCUCUAGCGAAAGUGAAGUUGGGAACGACGGAUGAGGCUUUAGAGUCGGGGAGUGCCGAGGGAGAGCAGAGUCAUGGUCGCUGGCGUCGCAUCCUAUUCAUCCGUGGUGCCUCCCAUCCGAGUCUGAAUCUUCCCAAAUCUCACAUUGCAACCCAAUCGUUGAGGAAAGCUCCCCCACCGCUGAGGAUCCCUCCCAGGGUUGUGAAGACUGAAGAGAGACGAGACGCGCAUCCCGCCUCAGAUCUGGAUAGGGUGUCGUCGUCGUCGCAUGCUACCGCAGAUCUGGAUAGGGUGCCUCCGCUGUCGCAUACUGGCGUAGAUCUAGGAUCUGGAUCCCUCUUGUUUCAAUGGCCGGCGAUGAGAUGAGAACGGAAAGAGAAAGAUGUGUUGGUCUCUGGUGGCCGGCCAAAGGCCACCGUCGGUGUCGGUAUAUCAAUAACUAGGGAUGGCGACAUCAACAAGGCAGGAAGAUGGAAAGAUGGAGAGGAUUUUGGACUUGGCUAGGGUUUUAGUGUUAGAGAAAGUCGGCUUGGGCUGUGGGCUUGUAAUUGUUGGUCGUGGGCUUGUAAUUGUGGGCUGUAUGUGUGAGAGGGUGAGGAAUUUUAGUUUGUUCGGUCGAAAUUCGGAAUACCGGAUUCGGUUGAGCAAAUCCUGGUUUCCAAAAUAUAGGGUUCUGUCUUCCGAAUUCCCAACCGAAUAACAUUAAUUCGGUUUUGGUUCGGUCAAGUUCGGUUUCGAUUGGGGUCGGUUCGGAUUUACUGAACCGGAUGCCCACCCCUAUCUGUGCUAUUAGCCAUUAUCCACUAAACAGUGUUCACCUAACAACUAAUUGAGGGAAAUGAAAACGA